AUGAAAAUCAGAUCAGGCAUUCUGCCUCGCUUGAGGUUGAAGCUUCCAGAGGAGUUCAUCGUGGACGAUCAGAAUGGUUGUGAAGUUACGCUACGUUCGUUCAUUCAGUGGCAAAGAAUGCACGCCUGGCUAGGGUUGAAGCUUCCAGAGGAAUUCAUCAUGGAAGAUCUUUCUGAUGAGAAUCUACUCUUUCUCUAUCUUUCUCCAUCAACACGGGCUGUGUUUCAACAAAAAUCUCGAGGAGGACUGGCAGCAGUUUUGGAGGACAACGUAGGAACCGGACCGCAUUCAACAUUCUGCCUUUGUCGAAUGGACGACGGGGGAUUGGAGUGGAUUGCUACCUUAGUAAGAUAA